AUGGAGUUCACCGCUGAGCAGCUGAGCCAGUACAAUGGCACCGACGAAUCGAAGCCGAUCUACGUCGCAAUCAAGGGCCGAGUAUUCGACGUAACCACCGGAAAAUCCUUCUACGGAAACGGAGGCGAUUACGCGAUGUUCGCCGGAAAAGACGCGAGCAGAGCCCUGGGUAAGAUGAGCAAGAGCGAAGAAGACGUCUCUCCUUCUCUCGAAGGCCUCACGGAGAAAGAGAUCACCACUCUUAAUGACUGGGAGAAGAAAUUCGAAGCUAAGUAUCCCGUCGUUGGCCGAGUUAUCUCCUAG